GUCAUGCUGUUACGUCACCCUACAGCGACCACUGAUGAAAUACACGAGGAUGUUUUUCCCUGCGUUAAAAUAAAGUAGUUCAGUGUUUCUCUGAAGUACAGAGGAGAAGUUAUCUGGCCGGAGAGAAGCAGAUAAAUCAGAGAUGGCCGACUUUUCGUCGCUCGGUCUGUCAGACUGGCUGGUUAGACAGUGUGAGCAGCUGGGGAUCAAUAAACCCACUCCUGUACAGGAACACUGUAUGCCGGCGAUACUGCAGGGCCGGGACUGUUUGGGCUGUGCUAAGACUGGAAGUGGGAAGACGGCAGCGUUUGUGCUCCCAGUGCUGCAGAAACUGUCAGAGGACCCGUAUGGCAUCUUCUGCUUGGUGCUCACUCCGACCAGGGAGCUGGCCUAUCAGAUUGCAGAGCAGUUUCGAGUCCUUGGGAAGCCUUUGGGUCUGAAAGACUGCAUCAUUGUUGGUGGAAUGGACAUGGUGAGCCAGGCGCUGGAGCUGUCCAACCAACCGCAUGUGGUUGUAGCGACGCCGGGACGGCUGGCUGAUCACAUCCGCAGCUCCAACACCUUCAGCAUGAGCAAGAUCCAGUUUCUGAUUAUGGACGAGGCGGACCGGCUGUUGGAGCAGGGUUGCACUGACUUCACCAAAGACCUGGAGACGAUCAUGGGGAUUUUACCGGCUAAACGUCAGACGCUGCUGUUCAGCGCCACCCUCACUGACACCCUGCAGGAGCUGAAGAAAAUCGCCAUGAACCAACCUUACUUCUGGGAGAGCAAGUCAGAGACACGAACGGUGGAGGAGCUGGACCAGAGGUACAUCCUCACUCCAGAGAAGGUGAAGGACGCCUACCUGGUCCACCUGAUCCAGACGUUUACUGACCAGCACGACGACUGGUCCAUCAUCAUCUUCACCAAUACGUGCAAAAACUGCCAAAUCAUCACCAUGAUGCUGCGAGAAUUUAACUUUCCAACCAUCUCCCUGCACUCCAUGAUGAAACAGAAACAACGAUUCGCAAACCUUGCCAAGUUCAAGGCCAGCGUCUACAAAAUCCUGAUCGCAACAGACGUGGCUGCCAGAGGUUUGGAUAUUCCGACCGUGCAGGUUGUCAUCAACCACAACACCCCAGGCAUUCCCAAGAUUUACAUACACAGAGUCGGACGAACAGCGAGAGCAGGGAGGAACGGCGUGUCCAUCACACUGGUGACACAGUACGACAUCCACCUGGUCCACUCCAUCGAAGAACAGACUCAAACGAAGCUGAAGGAGUAUCCUGUGGAGGAGAAAGAAGUCCUGAAGAUCCUCACCCAGGUCAACGUGACCAGACGGGAGUGUGAAAUAAAACUCGAGUCGACAGACUUUGAUGAGAAAAAGGAGAUCAACAAGAGGAAACAGCUGAUCUUGGAGGGAAAGGAUCCAGACCUGGAGGCUAAGAGGAAGGCCGAGCUGGAGAAGAUCAAGGGCCAGAAGAAGUUGUUCAAACAGAAAAUCCAGGAGAGCAUUCAGAGACAGAAACAUGGACAGCUGAAAAAGAAACUGAUGAAGAGAAAACAGAUGAAAAAGAAAAAGGCGGCACAGGCUACAGCAUGAAAACUGCUGAGACCCAUGUAUAUACUACAAGUUUUAUUACUGUAAAAUACCUGUAAUAUUUUCAUAUUUGUGAGCAUCUGCAAUAAAUUUGAAGAGGUGCUGAAUUCAUACCAUUAAAUUUGCUCAAAUCGA